AUGCCGACGCACGCUGCGCAGAGCUUGCUAAGACCUGACGACAUCAUUAAGGGCAACGUCAAGGCCGUCGCCGCCGCGCUCGCCGUGCUGCUCCUGCGGAGGCCGCAGCUACCAGGCAGGGUGCCCGAAGCGAUGGUCAUGGACUUCUUCGGUGCUGCGAGAUGGACCUCAACCUCGAACAGGACACUGGGACGUGGCGCCCGCCGUCGCCGACGACGAGCCCAUCGGGAGGUGGCCGACGAGCUGCCCCCUCGUCGAGACAGCGCAGGCGGGCCAGGCGCACGUGCGGGAGAUGCUGGAGAAGGCCCCGGGGGUCCCUCCCGCCGCGGCCAGGACCUCCGCCCCCUGCUCGUGCCCGGGGAAGCGCCCGGCGACCUCGCCGCCCUGACGGCAGACGAGUUGCUGCUGCGGUGGCUGAACCUGAAGCUGCGCGGCCAGACGCCUUCAAGUCAAGGGCGCCAGGGGAAUCCGUUGCAGGUAAGCAGCGCCAGCGAGUUGAACGGACGCGUGUUCCUGGACCUGCUGGGCUCCAUUGCCCCAGACAUCCUGGGCUCGACGCUCGGGAUGCGGAUGCUGGAGCUGCAAAGGCUCGGGGACCUCGCCGAGGACGGCGACGAGCCGAUGCCGGAGGACGAGCGCAUCUCCCAGGUCGUCGUGGAGUGCAGCCUGCGGUGCUUCCCGUUCCAGGUACUGGCGAAGGAGGACAUCGACGAGGGGCACGCCGACGCGAUGAUGGCGCUGCUGGCCGCCCUCUUCCUCUCCCGGCCGAGCCUGCCGGUGAGCGCGGGCUCCGAGCUGCACGGCCACGCGCAGCACCUCCUGCAGCUGGGGGGGCAGAACGGGAUGAUGCCGACCAGCUACAAGGAUGGCGGGAUCGAUUAG